AUGAGCCGCAACUAUACAACCAAUAGGAACAAUCCAUUCAUCUCUGAAUUUUUAACAAAUGAAGCAUAUCCAGUUUGUCCAUAUUUUUCGUGAGUUUGUUCAUUUUCCCGGAUUUGUGAGGAAAUGAAGGGUUUAGAAGGAAUAAAAAGGUUUUAAAGCGAAAAUAGGGAAAAUUUAGAAAAUUAGAGAGACGCAGAGAGAGAAACACAAAACUGGGCUGAAAUCUCUAUCUUCUCAUAUAUGAUAUUCUCGAUGAAAAUCCUGAAAUUUCCUGAUUUCACGAAAAAAAAACAAAUUGAAAAAAUAAAAAUAAACGAGAGAGUGUUGUGUCUAGAAGAGACGAGGGGAGAAAAGGAGAGAAAAUGAGAGAUAGAAACGAGUUGGAGAGAGCGCCAGACAACACGACGGUUUGUGAAUUUUGUGCAACCCCAAAACCAUUUUUUGUUUUUUCACAAAAAAUACUAAAAUGCUUCAUACUCAACCAAAUUCAAAGAUCUUUGCUGCAAAAGAUAGCAAAUUCUUGAGAAUAGAGAUUGCGAGAAGAAAAACCUCGAAAAGUUUUCACCAAUCACCAAAAAACUAUGAUUAUAGGUUUUUCACUCUUUUCUCCUCCAAAAAAUCAAUCUUUUAAGCUUGAGCAUAGUUUUCAGACCUUUUUCAGACACAAAAGAAACAUUUUGAAGUUUCAUAUGUUCCGCUUAGGCUUCCCGAAAAUGAAAAUUUAUGUCAAAUUGAGAAUUUUCAGUUAGAAAAUAGAAAUUUCGAAAAAAAAAAUCGUUUCUCUUUUCAAAUCCAAAUCAAUUUUUCAGAACUUCGCGUAACAUCGCAGGUUUCUAUGGAAUAUGUGCCUAUUUAAUUAUAUCAAAUAUUGCAAUUAUUGUAUUGGUUGUAUUUUUAAGUGAUCGACCACUCAGAAAAUUGUAUAAAAAAGAUGUUCGAAAUGGUGUUCUCCUCGUCAAAAAUCCAAAAGAUAAAUUCAAAGCCUAAACCCAACUUGAUAUAUUUUUUUUGUUAUAAACACAUUUUUAUGCAAAUUCUUUUCUGUUUCGAAACAACAGAAAUUCAAUGAUUCAACUUUUGUGUUUUACACAUCAUGUCAGCCCAAUGAAAAUUGGCAAUCGGUGAGAGUGAAGAAGACUUAGAGAAAAAUAGAUCAAAGGUACAUUAAAAAUUUGUGGGUCUGAAAAUCCAUAAUUUUCGAAAUUGCGGUUGCUAACCAUAUUUUGUUUCAAAAAAAAUUGAGGAUGACUUUUAGUCGCUUGGCACACUGAAAGUUCAAAAAUGAAUUCUCAAAAAUUAAGCUGAAGCCUAUUUCUAAUUUUCACAAAUCCUAGACCCGCAAAUGUAAAUCUCUGUAGAUCACGCGCGAUUUCAAUAUCUUUUCGUCUCUUUCACUCUCACCGAUUGCUGUUUGACAUGUUGUGUUUACUAGGGGCUGUUAGCCCCCAGGCGUAACAGUCUUCUCAUUUAUUUCCGUUUCACUUUUUUCUGUGAUUAUUGUCAAUUUUCGGCCGAUUUUUUUUUUUGAAAAACUCGGGCCGAUUUUUUUGAAAAACUCGGGCCGAUUUUUUUUUAAAAACUCGGGCCGAUUUUUUUUUAAAAACUCGGGCCGAUUUUUUUUUUGAAAAACUCGGGCCGAUUUUUUUUGAAAAACUCGGGCCGAUUUUUUUGAAAAACUCGGGCCGAUUUUUUUUUAAAAACUCGGGCCGAUUUUUUUUUUGAAAAACUCGGGCCGAUUUUUUUUUUGAAAAACUCGGGCCAAUUUUUUUUUGAAAAACUCGGGCCGAUUUUUUUUUUGAAAAACUCCUAUUGCGCUUUACCUGUGAACACUCGACACAUCUUCAUCUCAUCCACAAUUAUCAACAUUAAAACGAGGAAGUGAUCAUCGAUUCCAACAUCAUGUUUUAGACGAUGUUCUAGAAGACGACGAAUCUGAUGAAAAUCAGAUGACACUUCGAAAAAAGAGUGUAAUUCAUCCAGCAAUUACGUUAUUUGAACGAUUCAAUGAGGAACCGAUUGUUGAAAAGAAUGAAGAGAAAGAAAAGGAGAAGGAAAAAGGGAAAACGGAGGAGGAAAAUAAAAAUGAAGAGAUAAAGAAGGAUGAUGAAAAAGAGGAGGAACAAAAACAAGACGAAGAGUGA